AUGGGGAAGGUCGAACAGAGUACUCCUGGUGGUGUGCCAAAUGCUGCAGUUCUCCUACGGGAUCAGUUUGUUGAGCAUGUACAUGACAGCGCUCUGUGUAGGGAGUUAAAGUGGUUUGUCCGCAGAAGUCCAACUGCUACCCUACUGCAGAUCCAGGGAGCAAUCAUGGUUUGCUGUCUGGUCCAGGCUGUCCUGGGAUUUUCUGGACUGAUGGGACUUAUUGUGAAAUAUAUUGGUCCAUUAGCCAUUGCUCCCACCAUCAGCCUCAUUGGCCUGUCACUGUUUAUUGAAGCUGGGAAGAAGUCUGGAAGCCACUGGGGAAUAGCUGCACUCACAGUCUUUCUGAUCCUGCUGUUCUCUCAGUACCUGAGAAAGGUCAACGUUCCAAUGAUCACUUACAAGGACAAGAAGUGGAAGGUUUUCCGGUAUCCACUGUUCAGGCUUUUCUCAGCUUUGUUUGGAAUAUGUGGUGGCUGGUUGGUGUGCUUCUUAUUGACCACCUUUGAGAUGCUGCCUUCAAAGUCGGAUGAGUAUGGAUUCGCAGCCAGGACUGAUCUCAGACUGGAUGCUGUGAAAAACUCUCCAUGGAUCCACAUACCUUACCCAGGUCAGUGGGGUAUGCCCACUCUGAGUGUGUCAUCAGUGUUGGGUAUGAUGGCAGGUGUUUUGGCAUCUACCAUGGAAUCCAUUAGUGACUACUACACUUGUGCACGUUUGUCUGGUGCUCCUCCUCCACCAACCCAUGCCAUAAAUCGUGGUAUAGCCAUAGAAGGCAUCGGUGGGAUUCUGGCAGCCCUGUGGGGAAGUGGAAAUGCAACAACCUCUUACAGCGAAAACAUUGCUGCGCUUGGCAUUACCAAGGUUGGCAGCAGACUGGUGCUACAAACAGCUGGUGUUCUCUUGAUUGUCCUCGGGAUCUUUGGCAAAUUUGGAGCAGUUUUUAUCACCAUUCCAGAGCCAGUAAUUGGAGGCAUGUUCCUUGUAAUGUUUGGAAUGAUUGCAGCUGUUGGAAUAUCUAACCUCCAGUACGUGGACCUAAACUCUUCACGUAACCUCUUCAUUCUUGGUUUCUCUACAUUCAGUGGCCUCGUCUUACCAACCUGGUUUCAUUCCAACCCUGGCAUCAUUGAUACAGGAAUAAAAGAACUGGACCAAGUGAUUGUCGUACUCUUCACCACACACAUGUUCAUCGGAGGAUUUUUUGGGUUUAUCCUGGACAAUACCAUUCCAGGCACUGACAAAGAAAGAGGCCUCACAAACUGGAACAACAUUCAAGAUAACCAAAAUGAAAAUAAGUAUGUGUGCGAUCUGUCCUGCUACGAUAUCCCGUUCUGUGGUGACUUUUGA